GUUCAUCCCCCCAUCCUCCCACUGCAGCCAUGACCACCAACAACCAGAGCCCCAGUUCAUCCCCCCAUCCUCCCACUGCAGCCAUGACCACCAACAACCAGAGCCCCAGUUCAUCCCCCCAUCCUCCCACUGCAGCCAUGACCACCAACAACCAGAGCCCCAGUUCAUCCCCCCAUCCUCCCACUGCAGCCAUGACCACCAACAACCAGAGCCCCAGUUCAUCCCCCCAUCCUCCCACUGCAGCCAUGACCACCAACAACCAGAGCCCCAGUUCAUCCCCCCAUCCUCCCACUGCAGCCAUGACCACCAACAACCAGAGCCCCAGUUCAUCCCCCCAUCCUCCCACUGCAGCCAUGACCACCAACAACCAGAGCCCCAGUUCAUCCCCCCAUCCUCCCACUGCAGCCAUGACCACCAACAACCAGAGCCCCAGUUCAUCCCCCCAUCCUCCCACUGCAGCCAUCCUCAUCAUCGGAGACGAGAUACUCAAGGGCCACACCGCCGACACCAACAGCACCUUCCUGGCUCGAGCGCUGCGGCGGCUCGGCGUGUCCGUGCAGAGGAUAACGGUCGUGCCUGACGUGCAGGAGGUCAUAGCCCAGGAGGUGGUCCUCCUCUCCUCUCAGCACACCCACCUCCUGACGUCGGGGGGCGUGGGCCCCACGCACGAUGACAUCACCUUCCAGAGCAUCGCCGUGGCGUUCCAGGAGGAGCUGUACCCUCACCCUGAGCUGACCAGCCUGGUGGAGGAGUUCUUCGGCGUGACGGACCGAGACAGCCCGCCCAUGAAGAUGGCCAUGGUGCCUCGCUCGGCAAAGCUCAACUACGGGACCGACCCUCAGACAGGAAAACGCCAACGCUACCCGGUCGUCAGCGUGCGGAACGUCUACGUGUUUCCUGGGACCCCAUCUUUCAUGGAGCUGGCCUUCACCGGACUGGAGCAUCUCUUUGCGAGUUCAGGAACCACAUUUUACACUCGUGAGGUGUUUGUAGACGCAGAAGAAACGGAGAUUGCAGCCGUGCUGACCAAACUGCAGGCCAGUUGGGGGCGUAAGGUGACCCUCGGCUCCUAUCCCGAUUGGUUGAGCAAUUACUGCAAAGUCCGACUGGUUCUGGAUGCAGACAGCCAGGAGGAGGUGGACAGAGCGCGCGCGCAGCUGGUGGAUCAGCUGCCGGCGGGUAGCGUGGUGUCUUUAGUCAAAGACCCCGUGAGCAUCGCCACGGCAGAGGUCUACAAACUGGCCAACAGCGACACGGCGUUAGGAGACAAAGUGAAGUCUGCUCUGAAGACAGUCGAAGCUGCUCUGGACCAGUAUUCCACGGAGCAAAUCUGCGUCGGCUUCAACGGAGGCAAAGACUGCACGGCGCUGCUCCACCUCUACUACGCUGCACUGAAACGGCGCUAUCCAGACGGGAAAGACAAGGUGAAAGCUCUCUACAUCCGUAACGUGUCUCCUUUCCCAGAGAUGGAGAGAUUCCUUCAGGACACGACAAAGAAGUACAACCUGGAGCUGAUCCACGUGGAGGGCAGCAUCCGCCAGGCGCUGAACGAGCUGCAGGAAAAGAGGCCGGAGCUGCGAGCCGUCCUGAUGGGAACCAGGAGAACCGACCCUUACUCUCACACGCUCACAGCCAUGUGCCCCACGGACCCCGGCUGGCCCACCUACAUGAGAGUCAACCCCCUGCUGGACUGGAGCUACCAUGACAUCUGGUCCUUCUUGAGGACGUUAUACGUUCCCUACUGCAUCCUGUAUGAUAAAGGGUACACGUCACUCGGCAGCAUGGACAACACUCAGAGGAACAAAGCCCUGCAGGUGGUGGACGACAGGGGGGUGAAGCGAUAUAAACCGGCCUACCUGUUAGAGAACGAGGAAGAGGAGCGCAACUCCCGCGCCUGAUGCCAGAGGAAGAAUAACGUCUGCACGUCAGCUGUUGCUCGUAGAUUAUUUCUUCAGUAGCACUUUAUAACUACACUUUAUUAAGCUUUAAUCAUUAAUAAGUGCUUAUUUAACCUUAAAACAUCAUUAAUUAAGGAUGAUUUAUACUUAAUAAGCAAUAAAUUAACACAGUUGUUAAUUCUUUACCCAUAAAGGCUAAUUACAAAACAACACACUCUUUCAUCCAUGCUUGAUGAUGAUAAUUAAUGAUGUUUUCAAGGUUAACUAAGCAUUUAUUAGGCUAAAUAAGGUGUAGUUAUUAUAUUUUUAGCCCUAAUUGCCAUCCACACCAACUUCUGACCAGGACAUUUCUUUAAUCUUGUGAGUUUGCAACAUGUCUGAUAACAAGAUGAGAUGAAGAAAAGUGUUUAAUAGAUUAAAGUUUUGUGCUGCUAUAAAUAAAACAUGUUGUCCUGCUGAAACAAUCA